AUGGUGUGGCGACUGUCUAUGAACCACUUCAGGGACUUCAGGACGAAUUGGAUUUGCGCAAAAGUGAACUGUUACGCUACUAUAAAACGAAACAUGACGAGCGUAUCCGACAAGCGGUCAACAGAUCAGACUGACAAAUAUUUAAUAGGUGUGAAUGAUGGUAACGGUUAUCGUGAUCGCUCACCUUCUGACUCUUUAUUCAAGCGAACAUUCAAGUUUUAUAAACGACAUGACAUGGCACCCAAUUUCUCCGAAGUUUUUGAUUUACGGUCUUCCUUAUCUGCUCAUGGAAUAAUUUGCUCAAAAUUCGAACCAGUUGUGGCACCAUCGGAUAUAGUGCUGGAAAAGCUCGGACUUCGUCCAAUGUCCGAGUGGACUGCUUCAACUAUUACUCACCGACCAGGUAUGGUAAUGUUGAAUGAUAUUUUUAAAUCGAGCAGUCAUCUUCAAUGGAUAAAACGCUCACUGUUUAUUUACGCUGAAUCACCUGGUUUCACCAAUGUCGGCCUACAGGUGCCCAAUGUUCGAAAUGUAUUCAAAGAACAUGGACGACAAUUGCGCUGGUCUACUCUUGGUCUGCAUUACGAUUGGGCAACAAAGAUUUAUCCAUUUGAAGGUGAGUUACUUCCUGAAGAGUUAGUGUCGCUGUCAGAUGUUCUGUCUCAGGCACUCGGCAUAGGACCGAUGUAUGCUGAUGCUGCAAUUAUAAACUUCUACUCAAGAAAGUCAACACUGGCGCCACAUGUUGAUAGAUCGGAACGGAGUCUGUCUUCACCACUUAUUUCGCUAAGUUUCGGUCAAACUGCAAUUUACCUGGCUGGUGGUACUGAUUUAGAUGACCCAGUUGAUGCGUUCUACAUACGGUCAGGUGAUGUCCUGGUUAUUUACGGACCACAACGACUCAUAUACCAUGCAGUCCCACGGAUUCUCCAAGAUACAUAUUUCGAGGAUAAAGAUCAGCCCGAAGAGAUAGUGAAAUAUGCAAAUACAAAUCGCAUCAAUAUUACGCUUCGGCAGGUUGAUGAACAUAAAUAA